CCCCCUCUGCCGCUUUUCAUCCCCCUUCUCUCUCUCUCUCUCUCCUUUCUCUUUGCCUCUCUCACUCUUUCUCUCACUCACCCUCCCAUCCUCUGCUGCUGGUGGCUGGCGUUUGUAUGCGCUGUGCCGUGUUAGCCGCAGCCCUGGGCAUCUCUGGGGAUCCCUGCACAGCUACUGUUCCUCUUCUGCCCGUGAUGGCUGGGACUCGCCCGCACGCAGAAACGAUCCUCUCCCUCGUCAGCCAAGAUUGGUGAGGAACCUGCUUGAUAUUCUACACAAGCACAUGGAGACUGCCUUGAGGCAUUCCACUGUCCUUGAGGACCUGUUUUUUGGUGAAAGUCCACCACUGUGAGGCCGUGCUUAGGGAAGAUCACUGGUCGUCACAUCAGCGCAUACCUCUCCUGCUCAGGGAAUCAGAUCCCUGCUGGAAGAGCCGAAGAAAAAUAAACAAGGAAAGAAAAAGAGCUUCAUGAAUUCCAGAAGAUCCUGAGAGAGAACACACUGAGACCUGAGGAACACAAUGUGGACACUGAGCAUGAUUCGUUUUUGUGUCCCAGCCUUCUCCCUGUUCCUCUUUAUUCUCGUCUUGGUUAGAUGGGGUGAAGCAACCGAAGAUGAUGUCACGCCACGCCUAAGUUUCUCUUACAAUGCAAACGAGAGGUCGGCCAAGAGAUUUUCACCCGAUGGAGUUUUCAAUUACACCUCUCUGCUCCUCAGUAAAGAGGAUAACAUGCUAUAUGUCGGCGCUCGAGAGACUCUCUUCGCGCUCAAUAUCACCAGCAUCAGCAGAACGCAGCUCCAGCGCAAUUUGACGUGGAGCACACCGCAGAAAAAAAGAGAUGAGUGCAGUUUCAAAGGCAAAGACUUACAGACUGACUGCUUCAAUUACGUCAAGAUUUUACUGCGUGUGAACAGCACUCAUCUGUACGUGUGUGGGACGUACGCUUUCAGCCCCAUCUGCGCGUACAUCAAUACGUCCGAUUUUUCCCUGGUGCGUGGUGAAAAGGAUGAGAUAGUCACUGAAGAUGGUCGAAGCAGGUGCCCUUUUAACCCUGAAUACAAGUCCACCGCCAUCAUGGCUGAUGGAGAGCUGUACACUGGCACUGUCAGUAACUUUCAAGGGAAUGAACCCAUCAUUUACAAAAGCCUUGGGCAGGCCACAGCCCUAAAGACGGAAAACUCACUGAACUGGCUUCAAGACCCAGCCUUUGUGGGCUCAGCUUACAUUCAGGAGAGUUUGCCCGAAGGCAAUGCAGUGGGCGACGAUGAUAAGAUUUACUUCUUCUUCAGUGAAGCGGGAAAGGAGUUUGAUUUCUUUGACAACACCAUUGUGUCACGCAUCGCUCGCGUGUGUAAGGGUGAUAAAGGUGGAGAGAGGGUUCUUCAGAAGAAAUGGACAACAUUUCUGAAAGCCCAGCUCUUGUGUUCACUGCCUGAUGAUGGAUUUCCCUUCAACAUCAUCCAGGACAUGUUUGUACUGACCCCCAGUGAAGAGUCUUGGAAAAGUACUGUGUUUUAUGGAGUCUUCACCUCCCAAUGGUACAAAGGUGCUUCUGGGAGCUCGGCUGUAUGCGCAUUCACAAUGGAGCAGGUUGAAGAGGCGUUUAAUGGCCGGUACCGAGAGGUUAAUCGGGAGACCCAGCAGUGGUACACAUACAACCACCCAGUACCAGAACCAAGACCCGGGGCGUGCAUCACCAACGCUGCUCGGUCGCAGGGCAUCUCCUCUUCGCUGCACAUGCCUGAUAAAGUGCUGAACUUCGUGAAGGACCAUUUCCUCAUGGAUAGCGUGAUUCGCAGCCAGCCACUGCUGCUCAAACGAAACGUACGGUAUACACAGCUAGCCGUGCACCGCGUGCGGGCUCUCCACCAGACGUACGACGUGCUCUUCAUUGGCACAGAUGACGGCAGAAUUCACAAAGCCCUCAACGUUAAGGGCAAGAUGCAUAUCGUAGAGGAGCUGACGAUUUUCCCUGAGCCCCAGCCCGUUCAACACAUAGAGCUGCAUGAUGAGAAGGGACUGUUGUUUGUCUCCAGCUAUUCUGGGUUGGUUGAAAUCCCUCUGGCCAAUUGCUCCAACUACCAAAGCUGUGGGGAGUGUUUACUAUCCAGAGAUCCUUACUGCGCCUGGACAGGAAAGCAGUGUGCGAAUAUCAGAAAUGCUCCAGCCAAGAGUCAAUGGCAACAGGAUGUAGAUGAUGCUAACACUGCCUUGUGCAAAACGACCGCGAUUAACCCUCGUGCUGGAAGACCAACUCCACCACGUGUGCAGUCAUGUCGCCCGAUUCAACUUCCAGCCAACACAUUUAUGGUUCUGGCCUGUAACCUACGUUCCAACUUGGCCAAAAGCCAGUGGAAGUACAGUAAUACCGCCGAGCGGUUUGUCUACCCCAGCCCUGAUGGAGGUCUAGUGGUGGUCGGCCAGGUGGACAGAGAGGAGACUUAUGAAUGUUGGUCUGACGAAGGCGGCUAUCGACAACUUCUGGCCAAUUACUGUGUCAAAGCAGAGCCUGAAAGCACCACCCUAAUAGGACCUUCGCGGACACAGUUUGUGGCCCAAGGGGAAGCUAAGCCUGGACAAACGUGGUCUCCGCAGAAAACCAAAACUUAUUGGAAUGAGCUGAUAGUGGUGUGUGGCUUACUUGUAUUCUCCUUAGUGGUCCUGUCUUUGUUCGUGAUUUACAGGAACCGUGACAGAAUGAAGCCCUUCCUCAAGGAAAGUGAGUGCCCGAACAUGCAACAGAAGAAAACGCGGAUACCAGGGAAGCACACGGAGAGCCUUCCGUUAAACGGCAACAAUAUCCCGCCCUCCGUGUCCGACCACAAGGGCUACCAGACCCUCAAUGAUAACUACAUAUGCAGUACACCCACCCACGAAUGCUCAUCGCCCGAGAACAGCAAAAGCUUCUCGGAAUCAGACAAAAGACCGCUGAACUUAAAGGAGAGCCACGUGGAGAUAUCGCCGACGUCACCGCGGCCUCGGGUGCGACUGGGCUCGGAGAUCAAAGACUCCAUCGUUUAGGUCUGAAGAAAUGGUGAUGCCUGUGGUUUGGAAUGACUGUUUAAAAAAGUGGCCUGUGAUUGAACAGCACCAAGGGAGGAACAGACUGAAACGACUGGAUUACAUAACAUCACUGGGAUUUAUUUUGCACUUUGUCCUCUAAUUAUGUCUUGGUGAUCUGUUCUCAUUUAUCAGUCACUGCCUGUGAAGCUCUCAGAGCCUUGUUGAGUAGGACGCAAGGCCUUUGUAUGCUUUGAAAUCACGGUGGGCGUGCAAGACACCGAUCAGGUGGUCUAGCGUACCUGCCCGGUCCGUCCUAAAUGUCUGGCGAAGUCUUUGUGAAAGCAAUACGAUGCCGUCAGGGCUCACUGACCUGUCGUGCUCCCAUCUCAUCCCCACGGAGCUGGUUUUCGUCCAAAUCGAACCAGCAGUAGGUGAACAAUAGGAAGAUUCAAACUUUAGUCUAUAAUAGAGUCUCUACUGAAUAUAGUGCCUGACAUUAGAUACAUUUGGUACAUCAAAAGCCUGAUGAUAUAUGCAAAAACUUUAGGUAGUAUAUCAUCAGAACCUCAGCACAUAGCAGGCAUACUAUGCAAAUCACAUAGAGAAUCUACGGUAAAUGGAGAAGCGUUAUGUGAAGAGCUAACAAACAGUACAAUAAGUAAUGCCACGUCCUCAGUAUUUUACACUGCUUCUCAGAGAUACACACGUUAAUGUAUGCAAGUGAGAUUGAGGUACAAUCGAGACCACAUGGUGGGGUUUGUAUGUAGAUGACUCCAAAGAAGACACAUUAGCAAUAUUAGGAGUACAUAAUAAGACAAACUAAAUUCGGAAAUGGGGACAUGAAAGGGGUCUCUAUACCCAACCAAAAUCUGUUCAUAUUUGAUAGGUGAUCCUCAUUUAAUAAUGAAUAAUACACAGGCAACCAAAGUGACCAAAAGUCUCUUGAUUGUUUACUGAUCGAAAUUGGUAGUCUGUUGUGCCAAAAGAUUUUAGUGAAACAUUUCGAUCUCUCACAGAUCUGUCAAGAGCGCCGUUGUCUUGACUCUAAAGUGUACUUGUCUCAGAUUGUCAUGAUUUUAACUUUUUACUGAUGUAUUUGCAUGUGGACAGAAUGAAAAAAGGUUCUUGUGUUAUGCAAACACACAUGUGGUUAAGGCUUUAUAUGGCACUUUUAAGAUAUAAAGCUAUGAGAUCUGUGCUCAAGAAAAGUGUAAUGUGACCAGCAGAUUUUUUUCCAUGAAAAAGUGCCAUGUUCACUGUAUCACCUUAAGGGUCACCAAAGGCAGGCUAACAGAUGUUUUUGGGUGGGAGCAUUGACGUAUUGGUCCAUUAAAUAAAUAAAUAGUCAUCUGCCAAGAGCGUUAUUGUAGUAGUGGUUGAAUUUCAAAUUCAAGCAGUGCUAUACUUGGGUGCUACGAAGCAAUGGAAACCACAAAACAAGACAUGCAAAUAUGUAUGUCGUUUAUAUAUCAUAGCAUAGCAUCAACAUAAGGAUCCAUGUAAAAAAAUGUACAGAACACAAAUGAGAUUUUGUAAAAAAUUCCAUUAUCAUCCAUGAUGACUUUCAUGUAAAAAUUCCCAAAGACAAGCAGCUCUGUAUAUUGCACAACCUGCGCGUGUAAUAUAUACAGUAUGAUUUCCUUGCCAUUGAUAUUUUAAGAUCAUGCAUUUGUAUUGUGAAUGUAGUUACGUAUUAAUUGAAAGUGUUUCAACAUUACAUUGUGAAAAACAUUGUGUCUUAUUUAAAUGUAUCGUUUAAAAAGAUAGAUAUUUACUUUGACACCAUCAUCAAAGUAGCUGCGCAUGGGGAUGCUACUGGUGAACAAUGACUUUGAUCACAGAGUUGUAUAAUUGUAAUUUGUAAGAGGAGGCAGUGAAAAUAAUGUGGGAAAUAAUCAGCAUAUUGCUGAUUUCAUGCAGAAUUCAUACUUUUUUGAUUUUUUUGUAUUUGCACAAAUGUGGAAAGGUUUGAUUAUUCUUCAGGCAAUUCUGUAGACAGCACCAGUAGACGAGUUUAUGAAUGCCUCCAAGAAAGAUGUUGUAAAUUCAAAGGAAAACAAAUGUAAUCUUGUAGCCUUUAUGUGACUCCAACACAUGUGAACAGAAAGCAAACCUCACAUGCAUGUCUGCUCUGGUGGACUACACAGUAGAUAAACCUAGUACUUUGUAAAGUCGCAAACCACUGUAUAUUGAAUGGUUGUCUGUGCAACAGUCCACUGCAAGGGUAUGUCUCCACUGUGCUUAAACCUCCAGAGAUCUGCUAAUAUAUACAUCACACACACUUAACUGAAUAUGUUAAAAGCACAAAAAAGAAAAAAAUGUGUUUGUACAAUAAUAUCAGUAUGAUUUACAUAUAUUCUGAAAUCACUUUUAUGCUAAGUUAAUUUAAGUGGUAAGUAAAUUUGCUCAUGUUUUUCAGUAAAUCAUCAAGAUUUUGAUCACUAGUGUGGUGUUUUACAGAGUCGACAAUGUGAAAAAUUCACUGUACAUCAAGCUGCUACCUGCAAGUGGUAGAUGUAUUCAUGUUUAGAUACAUAAUAGUCACAUAUUUCUCUCUGACUCGGACAUAAGAGUUACUGGACUAUAGUCUGCUUUACUCUUAAUCACACAGAUACAUUCUUAUAAAGGCACACCAAGAUGCUCUAAAAACUAUUGUAAGUUAAUGUCUUGUAAACUUUAUUGUAAAGGUGUAUUUGUAAAUUUUGCUGCCAAUGUAAAGAAAAAAUACUGUUGUUAAAUGUAUUUUUUGUAUUAUACAUCACUACUGUUUUUGUUGUUUUUAUUAUAUUGUACAUAAAAGCACUUUAAUUUUAAUUUUCUAAAUAAAAGAAAUAAUCCCAAAA